CGCCCGGGUCUGCGGCACAGGGAGCGAUGCCCAGGGAGGCUGCAGAAGACAGCGUGGGGAGGACAGAUGGCACCGCCCCGGCAGAGCCCACUGACCCCAACGGCAGUGAGCCUGGAGACAUCAGCCUGCACCCCGUGGAGUCCAUCAGCGACCUGCACUGGGCCUCGGGCGGGCACAAGGGUGCCGAGGGGAACGGCCCGGCUCAGUCCAGCACCCUGCUCAGGCCCCGCACGCACACGGUGCCCGGCGGCGCCCCCCGCCAGCCCCCGCUGCCCUCGCUGCGCCCCGUCCCUGCCGCCAGCGCCUGCCCCUGCCUCGGGCCCUGCCACCCGCUCUUCCUCGCUCUGCUGGGYGUCCUGGCGCUGGCCAGCCUGGUCCUCGCCACGCUGGCCAUCUACCUGAGCGUGCUGCAGAGCCAGUCGGUGCGGGUGCUGCUCCAGUGGCUGGAGAGCCAGGAGGAGGCCGUGCAGCAGCUGCGGGCGGCCAGCGGGCAGCUCUGGGCUCGCCUCAACGCCAGCGAGGAGGCCGGCGGGCAGCGCUGA